AUGCGUCUCCCAGUCAUCCGCACACUGGUUGCGCUGCUGCCUGCAGUAGCAGCAGUCGCGACUCAAGAUGCUUCUUCUACCGCCUCUGCCAGCGCUGUCAAUCCUAUGACAGAGAAGCCCCCUGCAGCUGUUCCUUCCGCAACUGGCGCUCCCUCUGCCCUCAUCCCAUCUGGACCUUUGCCUCCUUCCCAGGAGCUCUGCACUUCCCCAAUCUACUGUCCCGGUCCCCUCCUUCAAGCUGUACAGCUAGCCGGCAUCUUCGAGGACAGCAAGACCUUUGUCGACAAGGCCACUUCUAGGCCCGAAUCGGAAGUCCUGGACAACUUUAACAAGCUCGGUGGCGGCAACGUCAGCAACAUCACCUACCAGGAGAUUGUUCAAUUCGUCGACGACAACUUCGUAGCUGAAGGUGUCGAGCUUGUUCCCGCCGUUCUUGGCAGCGAGUUUGUCCAAGAUCCGGAGUUUCUCCAAGGCGUCGAGGAUCAAGUGGUGCGCGACUGGCUCAAGCAGGUCCACAGCUACUGGGAGUUGCUUGCACGCACCACCAACUCGUCCAGUCCCUCUGGUGUCCAGUGUGACGGCUGUGUGAGCUCCUUCAUCCCCUUCAACGAGAGCCGAGUCUUUGUGGUACCCGGUGGUCGUUUCCGCGAGCUCUACUACUGGGACACUUACUUUGUCAUCGAGGGUCUGAUCACCUCGCAGCUGCAGUCGGUUGUCAAGGCGAUUCUUGAGAACUUUGGCGACUUGAUCGACCGUCUUGGCUUCAUCCCCAACGGCAACCGUGUCUACUACCAGAACCGAUCUCAGCCUCCCUUCUUCACCCUGAUGAUCGGCAAGUACAUCGAGGCUUACAACGACACUUCGGUCCUGCAGCGCUUUCUUCCCUUGCUUGAGCGAGAGAUGUCGUUCUGGAAAAACAACCGAACUAUCGAGUUCACUUCUCCCUUCACCAACAAGACUCACAACAUCACCCACUACCAUGUCAACACUUCGGCACCGCGGCCCGAGAGCUACCGAGAGGAUUACAAGACGGUCGAGGAAGCCUCGCAAUCCGGUCUUGAGCUCAACGAAACAUUCAAGGCGCAGCUCUACUCGGACCUUGCUUCUGGUGCCGAAAGUGGAUCCGACUACUCGGCUGCUCGCUGGUCCAAGCGUGCUACCAUGAACUUGACCGACAUGAUCCCUGCUCAGCGCUUCCUCAACACUGAUGCUCAGCUUCCUGUUGACCUCAACGCUAUUCUCUUUGCUUGUGAACAGAAGCUGUCUGCCUUCUACAGGAUCAACGGUAACGGUACUCAGCCUAACACCACGCGCGCCAACUACUGGGCUCAGCAGGCUCAAGCUCGUAAGGAGGCUGUGCUUGACGUCUUCUGGGACCCAAGCAAGAAGUUCUUCUAUGACUUCAACACUACUUUGGGCGACCGUGCACCUUUCUUCACUCCUUCAGGCUACUUUCCUCUAUGGGCGCAGAUCUUGCCGCAAGAGUUUGUCAAUGAGUCAAUCAGCAUUGACGAGCGCAGGCAGAAUAUGCAGAGUGUCUUCUCCGGUCUUCGAUACUUGAUCGACCGCUUCAACGGCACCAUUCCCGCCUCGCUCGUCACUACCGGUCAGCAGUGGGACUUUGCCAAUGCUUGGCCUCCUCACACCUACAUCGCCCUCGAGGCUCUUCGCACCUUGCCGGACAUGCUCGCUGCUGGGCCAGAGCUGCCUGCUGAGAACGGCACUUUUGUUCUGAUCCCCAUGGUCAACGGCACGAACCAGCUUGGUCAGUCGCUCGACAGCCUGCCUAUUCAGCCACUCGAGAACGAGCCUGGUAGCAUGAUCAACGAGACUCUUGCCGGUGCCACUGACCCGAACAACCCUUCGGUCGAGCUGGAGCCUGCUAUCAACGUCGGUAACGACACAAGCGGCGAGAGCUGGCGCGACGAACUGGUUCGCCAACUUGCCAACCGUUUCGUCGCUUCUGCUCUCUGCUCCUGGAGGGCUACGGGAGGAAAGCUCAACACAACCGACCCCAACUUCCAGCCCGUACCUGAGAGCGUCUUGAGCGCCAACGGACUCAACCCAUCCACCUCGAUCGGCAACAUGUUUGAGAAGUUCAACGCUUCCGAUGUCAAUGCAGCGGGCGGUGGAGGUGAAUAUGCUGUCCAAAUAGGCUUUGGUUGGACCAAUGGUGUUGCUAUCUGGCUUGGUGGUCAGUUGGGAGCCAACUUGACCAGACCUGAAUGUCCUCCUGUCGUUGUUCAAGAGAAGACGAUGGCGGAAGAGUAA